AUGUCGAAGAAAUCAACCAACUCUGGACGGGUAAGCGGCGCAUUACCUACGACGGAUGACGUAGCCUCAGGCCAGAAUACCGGAACCAAACCGAAAGUGCUAAGUUCCAUUGUUAUUGGUGGAAGCUCAAAGUCAGCUCCGUCAGUGUCCGACACGAGGCGAAACCCCAUACGCGUUGUCCGAAAGAAACAAGAUUUUCAUUGUCGAUUAUGUAAUGAGCGGGAUAACGAAAAGAUGGUACAGUGUGAUGGUUGUGAACAGUGGUUCCACUACGAAUGUGUGGAAGUUACAGAUGAUGUUGCGAACGUUACCUGGAUCUGUCCCAUCUGCAAUAUAGCGAAGGAUUCAGGGCCAGUAGUGACUAAUCCCCCCACUAGUAUCAACACAGAGCAGAGCAUUCAUAACACUCCAGAAGAGCAGCUGCAAGGACAAACCGAGCCGGCUAAAAAGGAUGUGCCCUUGGAAUGUCCAAAAAGUAAGGCAUGUUCAGGCAGGAGUGAAGCAAAGAGAUUGAGAGAGUUGGCGCUUCAAAAACUCAAUGACGAGUUUCAAUUGGAGAAAAAGUAUUUGGAGAAAAAGUAUGUGAUCCUGAAGGAUUGCGUUAACGAUACGUCAACUGUCGUCAGUGAUUUGGAAAAAAUGUCUAAGAUUCAGGAAUGGGUCGAAGAAACCGAACGCCAUGGUGAAGAGGACGAUUCCGGUUUAGUGGAAGAGGAGACGAAUGGACAUGCAUCGAACAACGCGAAGCAGUCACAGGAGCACCCCGCUCCAAAUCUCACUCAGCCCAAUAUCCGAUCAUCGAUUCCUCUGGGUCAACAGGAUCAACCGUCGCAGCGUACACACACGCACCACAUUAGUUCCACUGGAAACCGACCAUCGAUCAUUCCUUCGAUGAAUCCAGGCACAUUGGUAGAUGGCAACGAUUUCAUUCCCGCACAGCGUUCAACUCCAGUUCAUCGACCAUCUCUGGCUGCACCACCCGCAGCGACAGUUAAUGACGAAACGGUGUGUGUAUUGAAUCGAAGUCAGCUUGCCGCACGCCAAGCUGUUUCCAAGGACUUACCAGAGUUCAGUGGGAAUCCAGAAGACUGGCCACUGUUCUUUUCGAUGUUUAACUCCUCAACCCAAAUGUGUGGGUUCUCGAACGAAGAGAACAUGUUACGCCUGCGGAAAUGCUUGAAGGGAAAGGCGCUGGAGGCAGUGAGGUGUCGACUACUCCAUCCAACUAACGUAGCCGGGGUGAUGUCGACGCUGAAGAUGCUCUACGGGAGACCGGAGGCUAUUGUUCAAGCAAUAAUUCUGAAGGUUCGUUCACUACCUCCACCGAACAUGGAUAAACUGGAAACAGUUGUGAAUUUCGCGCUCACGGUAGAAAAUCUCGUUGCCACGAUUCAGGCAUGUGAAGUUGGCGACUUUGUGUACAAUUCAUCACUCAGGUACGAGCUGGUAGAACGGCUCCCAUCGUCACUCAAGAUGGACUGGGCAAGAUAUUCUCGUGGGAAACAGAGUCCAACGCUCAUCGAUUUCAGCGCGUGGUUAUAUACAACCGCGGAAGAUGCCAGCGCCGUCAUGAUCAGUAGCAGUAGCGAGCAGCGUGUUCGGGGAGGCAAGAAGGAUGGCUUUCUGAAUUUUCAUUCCGAGGAGGGAUCCCCCAGUACAAGAUCUACCGAAGCUUCGUUCAAAACGAAAUCAUCUGGUGUAGUCGUUAGGGAUCAAUGUACAGUUUGCAAAGGUACUUGCCCCUCUGUAGCAAAGUGCAAGAGAUUCCAGGAAUUUAGCUACGAUUCCAAGUGGGCAACCAUCAAGGAGUGCAAGUUGUGCCGAAAAUGCUUGAGAAAACAUAAUGGGUCUUGUAAACAGUCCAAACCGUGUGGAAUGAACGGAUGCGAAUUCCUGCAUCAUCCGCUGCUUCAUAAUAUGCAAAAACAUGAAAUCUCAAGAAGUAUAGCGUCGAAGCCAACACCUCCUAGUACCGCACAAACAGAAACGAGGAGAACCGAUCAAAGUUGUAAUGUUCACCAAGGUCAGUCGGACAUACUAUUCAGAAUUGUUCCUGUCAUGCUGUAUGGACCAAAGAAGACGAUACGCACAUACGCGUUCGUUGAUGAUGGGUCCGAGCUCACGCUAGUGGAGCAGAGUCUGUCCGAUGAGUUGGGUGUGCAGGGACCGACAAAAUCGUUAUGCUUGAAGUGGACCGGCGGUACGCAGAAAAUGGAGAAAGAGUCGCAGAAGAUAAACCUGCAGAUAUCAGGCGUGCAUAGUUCGAAAAAAUAUGAUCUGUCUGGUGUCUACACUAUGUCCUCUUUGCAAAUUCGUCCUCAAACAUUACUGCUUGCGGAGAUCCAGAGAAAGUACCCAUAUCUGGCAAAAUUACCUCUCGAGUCGUACUACGAUGUCAGUCCUCGUAUCCUUAUCGGUCUGGACCAUGCUAGACUGGGACAUGCCAUCAAAAGUCGAGAAGGAGGCGACAACGAGCCAAUCGCUGUCAAAACAAGGUUAGGGUGGAUGCUCUUUGGUAAUUGUACCGCCAAAGAGAAGGCUGAGCAGUACGUGAACUACCACAGCGUACAAACGUGCGAGUGCAACCGGCAUCCAGACGAUGACCUACAUAAGUUGGUGAAAACGUACUUCUCACUCGACAGUCUUGGACUCAUAAAACCAGACAAAUUGCUGGUGUCACAUCAAGACCAACGAGCACAAAUGCUCCUGGAUACGCUUACUCGACGUAUAGCUGGCCGAUAUGAAUCCGGGCUCCUCUGGAAGUAUGAUGACGUCCGACUUCCGGAUAGUGAAUCGAUGGCGCUGAAGCGGUGGAGGUGUCUAGACAUUCGUAUGAGGAAGGAUCCUGUUCUAGCCGAGAUGAUAAAGGCAAAAAUUGAUGACCACGUUAGCAAAGGCUACGUAAGGAAGUUAACCGUUGAAGAGUUGCAAUCGCCAAGGCCUCGUGUGUGGUACCUUCCGAUUUUCCCGGUCGUCAACCCAAACAAACCGGGUAAGAUUAGGCUCGUUUGGGACGCAGCAGCCACCGUCCACGGAUUGUCCCUCAAUAGUUUCUUGCUGAAAGGUCCUGACCAGCUGACAUCUCUUCUAUCCGUGUUGGUGCAGUUCCGAGAGUUUCGGAUAGCAGUGUGUGGUGACAUCCGCGAGAUGUUUCACCAGGUGAUGAUGAGAAUUGAGGACCAGCACUGCUUACGCUUCUUCUGGAAAGACAAUGAUCAUGCUACGGAGCCGAACAUCUACGUAGUACAGGUGAUGACCUUCGGUGCCUGCUGCUCGCCGAGUACCGCACAAUAUGUAAAGAACAGAAAUGCCAAGAGCUUCGAACGAGAUCAUCCCGAAGCUGUCGACGCUAUAGUCAACCGACAUUAUGUGGACGAUAUGCUUGUGAGCGUGGAGUCUGUGGAGAAAGGAAUCCAGCUUGUACAGGACGUCAAAAAGAUCCACGCAGCAGCUGGGUUCGAAAUGCGGAACUGGAUAUCUAAUUCUAGUAGCGUUCUGGCAGCGGUUAGUGAGGAAAUAACGAAUGAGAAGAACCUUGCUAUCGGAGACGAAUGCGUAACCGAAAAAGUCCUUGGUAUGUGGUGGGAUACUUCGAAAGACUGCUUCACCUAUAAGGUAUCCGCACGAUAUGAUAGAGAACUCAUCUCAGGACACCGUCGACCAACGAAAAGAGAAGUGUUACGCACCCUAAUGAUGGUUUUCGAUCCAUUGGGACUCAUUGCACACGUUAUGAUGUUCCUGAAAGUUUUACUGCAGGAGAUCUGGAGAACGUCUGUUGGGUGGGAUGAUCCGAUCGAGGACUUGCAGUACGACAAGUGGCUGUCUUGGUUGGCAAUUUUUCCGCAGAUAACAACCGUUGAAAUACCACACUGCUACCGAGUGCUAACACCCGCAGAAGCCGGUACCGAUGUACAAAUGCAUACAUUCGUUGAUGCAAGUGAGAACGGCUUUGCUGCGGCGGUAUAUUUACGAUUCGAGAAUGGCGAUACUGUUGAAUGUUCGCUAGUAAGUGCCAAAACAAGAGUUUCUCCACUCAAAUUUUUAUCGAUUCCUCGAUCCGAAUUGCAAGCGGCAGUUAUAGGCGUGCGGCUUGCAGAUACUAUUUCAAAAUCGCUCUCAAUCCACGUUACGCAGCGGACGUUCUGGACAGAUUCCAAAGACGUACUCUGUUGGCUCCGUUCGGAUCACAGACGAUACACUCAGUUCGUUGCAUUUCGGGUCAGCGAGAUACUCGAAACGACAGAGAUAUUCGAGUGGCGAUGGGUUCCGACAAAACACAACGUAGCUGAUGAAGGAACGAAGUGGAAGCGAGCGCCUAACUUGGCUAGUAACAGUCGCUGGUUCCGUGGACCGGAGUUCCUUUUGCUCAAAAAAGAAAACUGGCCUGAGAAUCCAUUUCCUGGAAGAACCACCAAUGAGGAGCUUCGACCGCAUCUCCUCGUUCAUACUCGACCCAGGGGUUCGCCAAUUUGUCCCCAGAAUUAUUCCAAAUGGAUCAUUCUUCUACGCGUAACGGCCUAUGUGAUGCGCUACAUUCGCAACCUAAAGCUUAGUUGCUACGGAAAACAACGAGUACUCGGGCCACUGCAACGGCAAGACUUUAUAGACGCGGAAAACCAUCUGUUUCGCUGUGCUCAGUCCGCCGUUUUCGCAGAGGAAAUAGCUAUCUUCGAGAAGAACCGUUUGCUGAAGAGUUCAGCUAAAAGCAUUCCCAGAUCUAGCCUGCUCUACCAGUGGUGUGCCUUUCUGGAUGAGAAUGAUGUUCUUAGAGUCAAAGGCCGAACGAAGGCCUGUGCGUUCGUCGAUCGAGAUGCAUUUGAACCGGUGAUACUUCCCCGCGACCAUCCUGUAACCCGCCUCGUCAUCUCCGCCAUACAUGAGCGAUUCAACCAUCAGAAUCACGAGACAGCGAUGAACGAAAUACUCCAACGCUACCGUAUUCCUCAUCUGAAGACAACAUACCGAAAAAUGCGGAAAGACUGCCAACAGUGUAAGAUCCUUCUCGCAAAACCACAACCUCCAGAAAUGGGCAAUCUUCCUCCUGCUCGUCUAGCUGCCUUCGCUCGUCCAUUCACUCACACGGGUGUGGACUAUUUCGGUCCAAUAUUGGUGUCGAUUGGAAGACGAACCGAGAAACGGUGGGGGGUUCUCGCCACCUGCUUAACCACUCGUGCCAUUCACCUGCAGAUCGCUCAUACACUGACUACUGAUUCCUGCAUAAUGGCCAUUCGCAACAUCAUGGCUAGGAGGGGUAUUCCGGCGGCGAUCUACAGCGACCGUGGAACUAAUUUCCGAGCUGCAAGCAAAGAGUUGCAGAGUGCAAUAGAAAACCUUGAUCACGAUGCACUAUUGGAGGAGUUCACCUCGAGUCACACCGAGUGGUUUUUCAACCCUCCUGUCACGCCCCACAUGGGUGGAGCGUGGGAGCGUCUGAUCCGGAGUGUCAAGCAGAACCUUGGUCGAUUAAAGUCUAGCAGGCUGUUGACACACGAAGUACUGGAAAACGCAUUGCUGGAAAUCGAAAAUAUUAUCAAUUCUCGUCCUCUGACCAACAUUCCAAUUGAUGGCGACGAUUCGCCGGUGUUGACGCCCAACCACUUCCUAGUGGGGUCAGCUAAUGGCCUGAGAUCUUGGGUUCCUCUGAAUGACAGCCCUGUCUUGCUUAGGAACAGCUGGAAGCAAUCACAAUUUCUAGCGGACUUAUUCUGGAAGCAGUGGGUUCGCGACUAUCUGCCUACGAUAACUCGUAGGACCAAAUGGCUCACACCAGUAAAACCGAUUACAGUUGGAGAUGUGGUAAUCAUCGUUGAUCCAAAGUUUCCUCGAAAUUGCUGGCCGAAAGGCCGAGUGAUUGCUACGUGUCAGGCCCCAGACGGUCAGGUAAGAUGGGCCACUGUGCAGACUGCUUCAGGUGGCAUCUACGAGCGGCCUGCGGUGUCCUUAGCAGUAGUCGACGUAGGCGCUGAGACGAACACGCUUCAGAAGUAG